AUGAAGCACAAGACUGACAUAGCCAUUUCUUUCCCAGCAGUUGUGAUGGGAGUUAAAGUACUAGAACACCAUAUUAUGCUGGACAAGACCUGGAAAGAAGGAAGUGAUCAUGAGGUGACCCUGGAGCCCAAUGAACUGGUGGAAUUGGUGAGAAACAUCCGCAUGGUAGAAAAGGCUAUGGAGUGGCCAGUCAAGCAGCUCUUGCCCUGUGAAGUUGCCUGCAAUGAAAAGUUGGGAAAAUCUGGAAUUGCUAAAAUCUGGAUCCCAGAAGGCACAAUGUUUACUCUGGACAUGCUGACAGCCAAGAUAGGAGAACCCAAAGGUUACCCACCAGAAGGCAUCUUUGAUUUGCUUGGAAAGAAUGUCAAAGUUACAAUUGUGGAAGAUGACACCAUUGUUGAAGAUGUCUUUGAAAAAAGUGAAAUUCUAAAUUGAACUGUUUGUGUUAAGCUGCAAAGUUACAAAGAAGAGGCUUGGAGAUGUGAUCCUCGGGGGCCUUUUCUUUCUGGCAGGUGAACAUGCUUAUAUAGCAGCACAUUGGUCAUUUUGAACAAAGAGUAACUUAUUUGCAACUAGUUGUUGCAGAGCUCUGGUUCAGGCAACUUUAUACAGGGUGUGCCAAAAAUCAUGUCUUGUAGACAAUCUAAUAGUCUAAAAGAGGCCAUUAUAUUAGAAUUUGGGAAUGUCCGAGAAACUAUUACUUAUUUAAGAAUCUUCUUUUUUAAAAAAAUAAAUUUUAU